CUGUAGCAAUAUGCGUUCGAAUUUCCUCAGUUCUGAAGUGCACUGUGAAUAGAAUAUCUGUGAUGGAGGGUAUGCUUGAGUUGCUGUCAACGACAGACGCAGCUGUUAAGGCCUUAGACAGAACAAGCAGAUCUCAGUCAUCAAUAAGCAGCAGGUCAUCCUCAGGAUCAAAGAAGAAAAGUAUAUCAGAAGUACCGGACAGUGGAAUCGGUCAAACUGAAGACAGAUCUCAGAAAACAAAGGCAUCUCACAGUAGAGAUACUGAUGAGCUUGAUGUAUCGCAGCACAGCUCUGAUGUUAGUACAACAGCUAGUGAUGUAUUGAUCAGGUCCACUACAGCAGCUCCGGGAGAGAAAAGUAUUUUAGAUGAUGUAACUUUUCAGAGUGUCGAUAAUACAAGUAACAUCUCAAAGUGUUCAAAAUAUUCUUUUGGAAAAGAAAAUUUUAACAGUUCUGGUCCUGUUAAAGUGAAGGUGUCUUCUAAACUGCUGAGAGAAAUUAAGUCUCCAUAUGAAAGCCCAAGGGAGGAAGCGAACACAGGAGAGGAAUCUCCUAAAGUUCAGAAUGUACAACCAGAGAUUAAUCCAAGUAAAUCAAGGGAACAGAGUACAAGUAUAGGAAUGGGUAAAAUCUCAACAGAAUCUAAGGCAAGUUCUAGAGGAGUAGAUACCUCUAGAACACACAGUCAAGCCUCAGAUGUUCUAAAACCAUCUAGUCGACCAAACUCUGCAACUUCAAAGUCCUCUACUGUUAGCCAGCCUGGAUCUAUAGUUAGAGGGCCUACUUCAAAGUCACUUAAAGAUUCAAAGACAGUUAGUCAGACUUCUGUACCAAAACCUGUAAGUAACAACCCCAAGGAUAUCAUAACUCUACAAUGUACCCCACAGAGAAAACAGACCAGUCAACCGAAGAAAGCAAAUACACCAGAAAAACAAAGGAAAACUGAAGGAUUCCCUCAACCUGUUUUUGUAGAGCGGCAUACACCUGAAAAAGUGUACAGAGACAAGAAAAUUCUCUGUAAUGAUGAUGAUAAAGGCAGCUAUAUUGAAGAGUUCUGUAAAGAACAAAUAGAAAGACAAGAUUUGGUGCCAGAAAAAUUAGUAACUGAGUCAGUAGAAACCAGCAUUAACAGUGCUACGAGUAGUCAACCAGAGAUUGUCACUGUACCAGAGAGGAUAGUCACCAUAUCAACCAGGAGCUCUGUCUCCUCAGACCACUCACUUAGCGACUCGGGUCAGAUACUCACCGUCCAGGAGAGACUGGUCACAAUCUCAGCAGCUCAGCCAAUGGAGGAUGAGGAUUCUACUGUCAGUCACACUAAAGAAGAGGAGGAGGAGGAAAAAAUCCCUCCAAGGCUGCCAGAUAAAUUCCAUCAAUAUACCAAGCACCAGAGUGGUGGGUUGAAGCAGGGAUCAGAAAGCAGUGGGGUAUCUGUUAUGGAUCAUCCAUCUGAUUCAGAUGACAUCCAUGUUGAAAAGUUCCGCUUGUCAGAGAAACAACAAUUGAUGAAAGAGAAUUUUACUAAGAGAUUGCAAGGGGGUCCUAAAAAGAGGGUUGUUCAGCCUAGACUAAUUGGUCCAGCUGCCAAGUCAACAAAGAAGGAAACCAAGGAGCAGAGUAUCCAGAACACAGAGGCCAUUACUGCAGCAGUGGCUGCUAGUGCCGCAAUAGCUGCCACACAACCAUUUCUUAAGGCACAACAAGAAUUAGAGAACAAGAUGACCAACAUUUUGAACCAGAUUGGCAGUCUCCAGUCUGAUGUGGCCCCUCCCUUGAAGGGGGAAUCAGAAUCUGAAAGGGUGGCCCAAUUAGAGAAACAACUGGCCACAGUUACAGAGCAGAGAAUACAACAUCUAGAGAAGUUACAAGAACAACAGGUUGCCAUGCAGGCAAAAUUGUUAUCCCUAUCAAGAACACCACAAAAUCGAACCGAAGUCACCAGAUCCAAAUCACCAACCAUAAGAUCUCCUUCAUGGAGUCCGCCUGUACAGAGGAAGAAAGAAUUCCCACCAAAACCAAUCAUAAAGACAACGGGUCAUGGGGAUUAUAAUCAGGAGCAGUUCCGGGAUCACAGAUCACCAGAAACCCCUAAACCCAGGACCAAUCCUCCCAAACCACUGUCUUUUGAAUUUCGAAACAAGAAACAGCCAUCAACUCGAGGGAUCCUAGAGGAAAUACUGGCAUCUGAUGCAUCCCCCCGCCGUGACGUUCCCGAGCCCACCAAGUACGAAGACAAAGACAAGGAAUACAGGAGAAAUGAUUCUGAAAACAAAGCAUAA